AUACAAUUUAUUAUCACUCCUAACCUCAUUUAACCUUAAAACAACAGUGGUUGUCAAAAAUGACAGUUCAUAAUAUUUAUAUUUUCGAUAAAGUCGGAACUUUACUAUAUUACCAAGAAUGGAAUAGGUUAAAGCAAUCGGGAAUGACUCGAGAAGAAGAGGGUAAAUUGAUGUAUGGUAUGUUGUUUUCAAUAAAGUCGUUUGUGAGUAAAAUCUCCCCAACUGAUGUAAAAGACGGAUUCCUUUACUAUAAAACCUCCAAAUACACCUUGUACUAUUUAGAAACACCAUCAGGUUUAAAGUUUGUUCUCAACACUGAUAAUCAAUGCACUGGAGUAAGGGAACUGUUACAUCAACUUUACAGUCAGGUGUAUGUUGAAUAUGUAGUUAAAAAUCCAUUAUGUAAAUCCACAGAACUGAUUCAAUCUGAAUUAUUUAAAGUGAAAUUGGAUACUUUUAUCAAACAAUCUUCUAUAUUUCCCGCAAAAGCUUAAUUAAAUUAAUAUUAAUCUGAUAAGUAUUAUAGUGUUUAUAAAUAUUAAAAAAAUAUAUGUAUAUAAAUAUUGA